AUGACCCAAACUAUUAAUUGUUCCGAAAUGUCCAUUGCUAUCGCACAAGUUGGCACCGUAAUUUAUGACACUCCAGCGACUUUGGACAAAUUGGAACGGAUUACUAACGAAGCCGCUAACAAAGGUGCCAAGCUGAUUGUGUUCCGAGAGGCUUUCAUUGGUGGCUACCCAAAAGGCCUGGACUUUGGCAUUGUCUUGGCAACACGAUCACAGAGGGUCGCGAUGAGUUUGCAAACGAUUGAAGAAAAUGGUCCGGAAUUUAGACGCAUAGCGGAACUUGCUAGUACUCUGGGCAUCAAUAUUGUGACUGGCGUUGUCGAAAAACAAGGAGGCACAUUGUAUUGUUCGGUUGGUUAG